CCCCUCUCCCCCCCCAUGGACCCCCAUCCCAGCCCCCCUCGGCCCCGGGCGCCUCGGUUCCUGUUCCCGCUUUUGGGUCUGGGCUUGACCCUGCUGGCUCCCUCGGCGGGGACCAAGAUGACAAUACACAUGGGGCGCCCACUGGUAGAGGCGGUGGAGGGUCAGGGGGCGGUGCUCCCAGCCUGGUACACACUGAGCGGCGGCCCGGCCCCCGGCGGGGAGGAAGUGCCCGUGGUCAUCUGGUUCCUCCAGCGCCCGUACAACGGCUCCUUGCAGCUGCUGACCUACAUUAACAAGGUGUUGACCCCCUUCGAUGCCCGCGUCUCACUGGCCCACCCCAUGCCCUCCCGAAACGUGUCCUUGAAACUGAGGGACCUGAGGGAGUACGACUCAGGAGAGUAUGGCUGUUCCGUCAAUCUGCCAGGGGUCGAGGCGCUAGAGGGAAUCAGCACCCUGAAGCUCAACGUGCUGGUGCCCCCGACUACGCCCUCGUGCCGGCUCCUUAGCACUCCCCGCUUGGGUGCCAACGUGACUCUGAACUGCUCGUCGACCAGAAGCAAACCGAGCCCUCAGUACCAAUGGGAGCGCUCCUCACCGGCUCCCCAAGUCUUCUUCCCGCCUGCCCAAGACUCCGUCCGCGGCUCCCUGACCCUCACCAACCUCUCUGCUGCCAUGUCCGGAGUCUACAUCUGCACCGCAGCCAACCAGUUGGGCAGUGCCCAGUGUAACCUGACCCUGGAGGUCAUCCCCGAGCCGGGGGUGGCCAUGGUGACUGGCGCCGUUGUGGGUACUGCCAUCGGACUGGGGCUGCUGGCCGGACUGGCCCUCCUGUAUGGACGGCGGAAGAAGGCUCAGGAUGAGCCGGCCAACGACAUCAAGGAGGAUGCGUCGGCGCCUCGGACACUGCCCUGGCCCAAGGGGUCAGACACUCUGUCCAAGAACGGGACCCUGUCGUCUGUGACCUCCGCCCGCGCCCUCCGGCCUCCCCACGGACCUGCCAACCCCCGGCCUGGCACCUUCACCCCCACACCCAGUCUCUCCAGCCAAGCCCUGAUGCCCCCCGGACCACCCAGGACAGUCGGGCCGCGGCCCCCAUCGGCGACCCCCACCUCUUCCCUAGCCCCUGCCCCGGCCCCGGCCCCAACCCCAACCCCAGCCUCCGCCCUCACCCGCAUGGGCGCCGUGCCCGUCAUGGUGCCCGCCCAAAGCCAGGCGGGCUCCUUGGUGUGACCCCUCCCCUCCGGCCCCUCUGACCUUUCUCCCUGGAAAGGGGUCACCAGGGGUCAGCAGGGGUUGGCAUCGGGAGGCCCGGGGGCUCUGUGGGGCUGAAGCUGAAACGCCGCCAGGAUGGUAAGAGCAGGGCUGGGGGCUGACCCACGGUGAGCCCACCUUGGGGGAGGGGGUCUUCUCCGCCCCCCACCCUCACUGGCCCCCAUUCCCUUCCUGCCCUUUCCUGUGGGCUUGGGGCACUGGUGUUCCUAAGUUGCGGGUAGCCAGGCACGUGGUGGGGAGUGGCUUAUGUACAAAUUUGAAUUGUGAUUUUUUGGUGUAAAAGUCAAUAAAGACGCGCGUCAGGUUUGUAUGGCAAGUGAUAGACAAGGCUGCGCUCUCCGCCCCCUGCCCCAUUUUUGGGGAUCUGGGAUGAGAGCCAUCCCUUCCCCCAGCCAGAUUCCUCGGUGGGGAGGAGAGGUGGGCGUAGACCCCAGGCGGAGAGCGUAGUUUAGUGGCAAGAGCCUGGGCUUGGGAGUCAGAGGAUGUGGGUUCUAAUCCCCCUCUGUUAUUUGUCUGCUGGGUGACUUUGGGCAAGUCAA